AUGUCAGACUCUUCCCACCCUUUAGGCGUCGCUGCUGCUCUCGCCACUGAGGCCCCACCAGUUCGUACUGCUCUGAAUCUGUUCUCUCUGCUCGGAAAAGUUGCCAUUGUCACUGGUGGGCACCGUGGUAUUGGACUCGAAAUAGCACUUGCCCUUGUAGAAGUUGGGGCCAUCGUGUACUGCCUCGACUUGUCCAACGAGCCCAACGAAGAGUGGCUCAAAGUCCAGAAAUUCGCCUCUGAGCUGGGUGAUCUAGUCUCGGAAGGCAAAAUCAAGAAAGGGAGGCUUGAAUAUAUGCCAUGCGAUGUUACAAACCAGAAGGAGAUGUGGACUCUGGUAGACAAAAUUGCUUCACAGGAGGGAAGGUUAGACAUUUGUUUCGCAAAUGCUGGAAUUGCGGGGUUCACCGGAAUAUUGGAGUACCCAGAGGAAGAUUUCCAGAAGGUACUCGAUGUCAAUGUCAAUGGCGCCUUCUACACUGCUCAGGCUGCUGCUCGGGAAAUGGUAAAACGUCAAAUAGCUGGUAGCAUCAUAUUGACGAGUAGUAUAUGUGGAAGUGUUGCUCUUCCAAGGGUUAAAACCGUUGCCUAUAACAUCAGUAAGGCUUCGGUGCUUCAGAUGGGGAGAUCCAUGGCGUGUGAACUUGGGGAAAAUAAUAUCCGCGUCAAUACUAUCAGUCCUGGAUAUAUUUUCACUGCGACAGAUGAACUGCGAGGAGCCGCGCUCUUCCUGGCAAGCGAUGCAUCUACGUUUUGCACUGGCUCAAACCUCACCGUUGACGGUGGUCACUGUGCGUGGUAG